UUUAUUUUACACAGACUUUUACACAGACUGUUCCAAUCAUGAGCACUCGUAUGGUAGACUAAUUCUUUACAAUAGUAUAAUUACAUUUAUCUAAUUUGAAAUUACAGAAUUUUUGAAAUUUGUGAAGUUUGAAGACGAUUGUAGACAGAGAUGGCUGGCAGCGGAAAUGAAAGUUGUGGAGCUGCAACAAAAAAUAAGCAAAUUACAGGCUGAACGAGAUACAUAUGAAGUCACUUUGAAACAUGCAAGGAAUCAAUUAGAUGUUGAAAUGAAAAAAAGACAAAAGAGUGAAGUGAACAAAGAUGCUUUGGAUCGUCAGUUAGCUUUAGUCAGAGAAUUACUUGGUGAUGGUAACAGAAUGAGUCUUCUUAACGAUGAAGAGAGGCAGAGUCUGGCAUUUCUUAGUGCAACCAAUCUUAAUACACAUACGCCAAAAAGGCUUUCUACAGUUGAUGAAUCAGCAGAUUUGCUGUCAGCUUCUGAUGUCAGUUAUGAUCACACAGAGGAAGACCUUGAUGAUACAGACGUUUCAUUUCUUAGAGAUGGCAGACCAUGGCAUAGAUCAUCCCCACCAAAAACUAAGAAGCGUCCUAGUGCCCCUCCCAUAGAAUAUGAUGAUCAACAACUGAAAAACAAAAAGGUCAAAAGAACGUCCAAGGUUACAACCACAGAAGCUGAUACAUCAAUAGUGACCCGAACUACAGUCAGUGUACCACAUUCUGGCCCUAUUACUGCUACUACACAUAUUGAGACUGUGCGUAGCCCACCAAGACAAAGAUUAUUGUCACGUGACUCGAUAGACAGUGAUGAUUAUGCUUGGUCAGAAUGCAGGCCAGUGUCUACAACAGACCUGCGGAACACUCCAGGUACCCCGAUCGGUAGAGGAAGACGUGCACACUCAUUUUGCUCAAAGACUAUCAUAAAACCAGAGUCAUGCAAUCCGUGCCAAAAAAGAAUAGGAUUUGGAAAAAUUGCUUUAAAAUGCACUGAUUGCCGAGCUGUUUGUCAUCCUGAUUGUAAAGAACUUGUUCCAUUGCCAUGUGUACCAACGAUGAAAACACCUGGUACAGGUCCAAAGAAACAUGGUCCCAUGUCAUUAGAGCAAUAUACACCGAAUACAAGUCCUAUGGUACCUGCUUUAGUGAUUCACUGCUGUACCGAAGUGGAAUCGAGAGGUCUGUCUGAGCAAGGCAUUUACAGAGUUUCAGGGGCUGGAGGUCAAGUUAAAGAACUGAAAGAAAAGAUGCUUAAAGGAAAGGGAAAUCCAAAUCUGUAUCGUGUAAAUGACAUCCAUGUUGUUUGUGGCGUUCUAAAAGAUUUCCUGCGCAGUCUUUCAGAGCCUAUAGUAACUUACAAAUUACACGCUGAUUUUGUGAAAGCUGGGCAAUACUGUGAUGAUAGUGAUGCUCAAACAGCCAUCUAUCAAGCUGUGAGUGAGCUGCCGCAAUCAAACAGAGACACACUGGCUUAUAUUAUACUUCAUCUGCAAAGAGUUUCAGAGAGCAAAGUAUGCAAAAUGCCUGCCACUAACUUGGCCAAGGUGUUUGGGCCCACCCUUAUAGGACAUGAUAAUCCUGAGCCUACACCGAUGCAAAUGUUGGAAGACGCCAAGAAACAAGCAAAGGUUAUGGAACAUUUAUUAGCAAUGCCACAGGACUUUUGGAAUGCAUUUAUUGAUGUCGACACAGAGAAUGGUAUAAUCUACAAUCAUAAUACACACUGUACUCCAGAAUCCAAACCAACACCAAGCAGUAUGUUGGGUCCACUGACUACCCCAGGUAAUGGGAUGACCCCAUAUCGCACAGCGUCUGCCAGUUCUGUUGCAUCAACAGCAGGUUCAGUCAGCAAGAAAAUAUCAGUCUUUUCAAAGACUCCGAUGACACCAAGGUUUGGUAGCACAAAAAGUAAGAACAGUGCCCGACCACGUCAUUUCUUCUCAUCACCCAAGCUUAUAUAAAGAACCGCUACUACCUACUGAAUGAAGGCAUUCCUGAAUAAUAUUAACAUAUAUGCAUGUAAAGAAAACCCUCCCUUGGCUGUCUGAUGUACUAAUCUUCUCACUUAUACCCAACACUGUCAUUGUGCAUGGAAUGUCUGACAGACAUAAUUUCUUAUAAAACAACACUGCCAUUGUGAGGACAGAUAUAUUGUACAUCACGACAAUUUUGUUUUUAACUUUGUGUGCGACUCCAAGAAAAGUCUGUUCUUUAUCCAUGUAUAUAAAGUAGUACCGUAAAAUCUGUAUUAGAAGCCGCAUCCAUAAUAGAAGUCGCACCCAUUCUUUUUGAAUAAUUGAGAACCAAAAAAUCAUCAUUUCUCAUAUGUGUAGAUGCUCUAAUAGAAGCCGCAUCCCCUCUAUUGCAUUGUACCAUUUUGAUAGAAGCCGCGGUUUCUAAUACAGAUUUUACAGUACUCGUUGUCCCAAACUGUACAGACGAAGCUUGUCAUUUUCUUCAAGCAUGUAUGCAUGUCAGACAGAGCAAAGUGUGGCACCAUUCAAAGACUUCAGAUAAUGCAUGCUGCAUAACAAUUAUUUUUUAUAUAUAAAGGUGAAAUAUGUAGAAAUAAAACUUGUUAAUUCAUUCAAUGGAUUGCAUUUCCAUCACUCGUGUAAUAGAAGUUGCAUGUUUGCUACUCAUUACUUGCAUCACUGUAAGGGACUGAAUAAUUAAAAUGUAAACAGCAAAUUUAAUCUCCGAACGUUAUUAUUUAUUUGAGAGUUGAUACACAUGGUAGUUAUUGCCAAAUGUAUAGCACUUGUAUUCUGUAUUGUAUGAACAAAUUCUAAAGAUUACAAUGUUGCUAUGAUUGUUUUGAUUUUACUGGUAUAACAUGUUAGAGUAGUAGCUAUAAAGGCAACAAGUUUGACAUGAACAAUAACAUUCAUUGUGUCAUAUGUAAAUUCCAAAUAUUUUGGAACCCCCCCCCCCCCUAUACACAAUUUUUUUUUAUGAUGAUGCUUAUAACGACUUAUAACGACUUCAAUGAUGCUUAUAAUGACUUCAAUAUUUGAUUUAUAGACACAAACAUGUAAAUGUGUAGGAAAUAUCAAUUUGUAUUCAUCGCUUCAUUGUCCAAGAUACAUAAUCAUAUUUGAUUUAUAGACACAAACAUGUAAAUGUGCAGGAAAUAUCAAUUUGUACUCAUCGCUUGAUUGUCCAAGAUACAUUUCUGGUUAUAUUCUUUCAUAGCAUUAUUUAAUCAUUAACACAUAAAAUAUUCAAAUCUAUAAACAGAACAUUUUUUACUUUGCCCAAUACUUUAUCAAUUUCAGUUCUUCUGGCAAUGAAAUUCUUCUAGUUAUCAAAUAUCUGUCAUUGCUUUUAGCAUUAAUCAUCAUUCCUGUACGGCACAUGGGUGCAUUUAUUGAAAUUUUCAUUGUGUGUUUAUGAAAGGAAAUGCGAAUAGCAGUAUUUUUAUUAUAUUUGCUGAUAUCACUUGUGCUAAAAUGUUUCCCCCCCCCCCUACGCACAAAAAUGGACCCUACAAAUGUACAUUUCUGAUAAGUUCUUUUUUAAUUCAAUGUGCAUGUUUACCUAAAGUUUAUUACUCCAGUACAUAUUUUUUCAUAUCUAUUACCGGGUAUUUAUACAAUAUAUGUUCCUCAAUAUGUUAAAUAAGCUGUAGUUUAGAACUUGUUUUCAUUGCCGUCAUUGACGAAGUUUAGUGAUGUCUUGGGAUGUGAGAUAAUUAAUGGUAUGAAUUUUAGAUAAUAAUGCCCAUGUUUCGAAUUCCUGUCGCCUGCACUAAUUUGAAAUCGUUGUAAAUUCUUACAUAUUAGUACACAAAAUUCAAACAAAUAACCAGUAGUAUGUGCUGCAAAUCAUUGAAUAUUGUAUACUUAGACUAUUGUAUUUCUUUUUGUAUGUAUCCAUUCGAGUCCAUCAAAUAUUUUAUUAAAAAUUUAGAAAUGAUCUCAGCAUGCAACUUAAUAUUUCAUCCGACAUAAAUUAUUUAAAUUUAACUCAAGAUAACAAGUUUUGAAAUCACUUGGAUAAGAGUACUAAAAAGAAGAUAAUUUUGUCAUUUAUCUGAUUUUAUAGUGAGAAUACUGUUUUUUCUAAUCAUUUGUCUCCCUUGCAUCAUACAUGAGGGAGGUGAAGGUGUACUAUCACUUGCAAGUUAUCUUCUCAGGAAACCAUCUUUGGACACCUUCAGACCAUUAAUAAAAUAGACUCCCAGGUGUUUCAUCUUAAUACUUGAAAAUAUGACGCCUAUUUCUUGAAAACAAACUGGAUAGUUAUGUUUUAUAAUUGCAUGCAAAGUGCGAGUUUGCAACUACUUUACUGUUCAAUUUGUUAGCGUGUACAGUCCCAGGUUAUUUCUUAUUUUACUUGAUGUAUCAUUGCAUUAUAUCCACCAAUUCAUCAUUAUUAAACAGUCUUCUUCUUGACAUAUUAGAGUGUUAAGCUUAUUGUAUUGUUUGCAAUGAUGUAUUUCAUUAUUUAUAUUCAAUGUAAAGCAUGCUAUUAUUGGUUUUAGUUUUGCCUGUCCAUAUUUAAGAUUUUUUUAAUUUUAUUUUAUACACAUUGUUUUGUAUUGACACACAGCAUAAUUCCAGGGGUUAAUUGGCGACUUGUUUGUAACAUCGACUUCAGUCGCUGUUUUCCUGUUUUUGGCCAAUUUUUCCUUGACAGUUAACAUUUUUGACAAACUGUAUGAUUCUUGUUACAACACUUGCACAUGUUAAGUAAAAAAUAGGUUUAAAACUAGUGACUAUUGUAGUGGUUUUGGCAAUUUGGUGUUGCUGCACCUCAAUAUACAUGUGACUUUUCAACAUGACUGUGAAAUAGAUUUGAACACACAAUGCCUUAUUUUCACUUCGUGGUAUAUCGUAUUUUUUUCCCUUGAAGACUUUUCAGUCACUUGGAUAAGAGAACAAAAAGAUGAUAAAUUGUUAUGUCAUCUAUUUGAAUAGCAUGUUUUUCACUUGUAGAGUAGACAUUCAUUUUACUCAAUAUUGUACAUUCAUAUUUGUCUGAUGUCUGUAUUUGUGUGAAUAAUAAUAACCAAGGAAAUAACAUUUUAGGGAGGUGGUUCCCACGGCCAUGUGCAUUCAAAUGUAUUGAAAUAAUGGUGUAUUGCAAAUGGCUGUGACUAGUUUUAAUGCAGUCAUAGUAACCAUGAGUUUGGGUUAGCAGACUAGAAUACUACUGCCAAAAAGAUCCAUGCAUAAUCUCAUGAUUUACUGUAAUAUAUUUGCUCGUUCAGAUUUAACACUGCCAUUAAAGAGCAACUCGUUUGUUUUUUUCAAUUUUAAUUUGUCAUAUUGUACAUACAACUAGUUGUAGUUGAUUUCACUCUGUAUAAUAAACCAUACUAAAUAGGA